AUGUCCCAGUUCACCGUCCCCAAGACCCAGAAGGCCGCGAUUGUCGAGUCGACAUCCGCCCCCCUCAAGGUCGUCGACAACUUCCCCGUUAAGCAGCCCGAGGACCUCGCUCCUGGCGAGUGCCUCGUCCAGCUCGACGUCAGCGGUGUUUGCCACACCGACCUCCACGCCAGCAAGGGCGAUUGGCCCAUCCCCGCGAAGCUCCCCCUCAUUGGCGGACAUGAGGGUGUCGGCCGCAUCGUCGCCAUCGGCGCACACACUCAGGGUUCGCCCGUCAAGCUUGGUGACCGCGUGGGCAUCAAGUGGCUUGCAUACUCCUGCUUGGACUGUGAGCCUUGCCGUAAGGGCCUUGAGCAGAGCUGCCUGAACGGCAAGUACAGCGGCUUCACCGUCGACGGUACCUUCUCGCAAUAUGUCGUAUCGUGGGUUACCCAUGUUACCCCCAUCCCGGAAAACCUCGACAGCGCUGAGGCGGCCUCCAUCUUGUGCGCGGGUGUCACUGUCUACCGCGCGAUCAAGUACUCGAAGGCGAAGAUCGGUGAUUGGAUCGUCCUCCCGGGUGCGGGUGGAGGUCUUGGUCACCUCGCUGUCCAAUACGCAGUCGCCAUGGGUCUCCGUGUCGUCGCAGUCGAUACCGGAGCUGAGAAGAAGGCACUCGUCAUGAAGCUCGGCGCCGAGAAGUGGGUCGACUUCAAGGAGACCAAGGAUCUCGUCAAGGACAUCGUCGACGCGACCGACGGCUUCGGCGCGCACGCCGCUGUCGUGACGGCCGCGAACCCCUCGGCCUACGCACAGGCCGUCGACUACCUCCGCAUGGGCGGUGUCCUCAUGGUCGUCGGUCUGCCCGCUCGCGCCAACCUGUCCGCCGACAUCUUCUUCACCGUCAUCAAGAGCAUCUCUAUCCUCGGCUCUUACGUCGGUAACCGUCAAGAUGCUCGCGAGGCACUCGACAUCGCCGCGCGCGGCAAGGUCAAGUGCUACUUCGAGCUUAAGCCCCUCUCCGCACUCGCAGAUACCUACGAGGCGCUUGCCGAAGGCAAGAUCGUCGGUCGUAUCGUUCUCAACAUGAAGGAGUAA